GGAAGAGAGGAAGGAGGGGUUGCAGAGCAGGAGAGAAUCAGACAGCGAGGGAGCUGACAGCGUGAGCACAGAAAAAGGGUGCAGUGGGAGCAAGCAUAAGACAGCGACAGAGGCAGAGGGGUGCUCUGUGCAGCACAACAGUGCAAGACGCAGCUGGAAAGAGAGAAUAAGGAAGAGCAGGCAUCAUGGCAGUGCUCACUGCAUCAUCACGGCACAUGGGGAAUUCUGGCUGCCGCUGGUGAACGUUGUGUGAUGCAGAGGGGAGAGUCGGGAGGACCUCCUGAAAACCAGAAGCAAGAGAAGGAAACAGGUGUGACCAGCGAGACGUGCUGCAAGAUGAGCGGGAUCCUGAAGAGAAAGCUUGAAGAGGAACCCUCCUCCUAUUUGUCACUGCAGGGGUCAGAAGAUGACGAGGUUUCCUGCAGUGACAGUGGCAACAGCAGCGAUAGUCUUAAUAAUUCGGUCCCCUCUGGAAUAUUAGAUUCCUCUAUCCAGCGGCAGUCAAAGCGAUUGCGGGGACGUAAUGUGCACUUUGAGAGCGUCACUGUGUACUAUUUCACUCGGCGGCAGGGCUUCACCACUGUGCCCACACAGGGUGGUAGCACCCUGGGAAUGUCACCACGUCACAGCGGGGUGAAGCGCUUCACCCUCAGGGAGUUUGCCAUGGAGCAGAAACGGAGCCAUCGGAACAUGCUAAGGAAUCAUCUUAAAGAGGAGAAACUUAAUGCCAUCAAACUCAGACUAACCAAAAACGGGACGGUGUCCUCCAUGGAGGCCGAUACGUUGACACUCGAUGACAUCUCAGAAGAUGACCUAGAUGUGGACAACACUGAGGUGGAUGAUUACUUCUUCCUCCAGCCUCUGACCACCAGGAGAAGGCACGCGCUUCUCCGUGCCUCUGGGGUCCGUCGCAUCGAUGUGGAGGAGAAGCACGAGCUCCGCGCCCUGCGGAUGUCUAGAGAGGAGUGUGGGUGUCGCUGCAGGGGGAUAUGUGACCCAGAGACCUGUGCUUGCAGCCUGGCCGGCAUUAAGUGCCAGGUAAAUGGAAAUGUGGUGGACCGCAUGUCCUUCCCCUGCGGCUGCACCAAGGACGGCUGCAGCAACAACGCCGGGCGGCUGGAAUUCAACCCGGUCCGUGUGCGCACCCACUUCCUGCACACCAUCAUGAAGCUGGAGCUGGAGAAAAGCCGCGAGGAGCAGUAUCAUCAUCAGCAGACGGAGCAGCAGCUUGUAACCGGUGGCAACGGUUACCAUGGCGACUCCACCAUGAUCCAGCAGCAGCAAAACCCUCAGUCUCUGAAGAUGAACAAUCCCAUCAUGCACCUCCAGAACACAGGUGACACUGAUUCACAUCUAGACAAAGAUGAGGACGAAGACGAUGAAGAAGAGGAGGAUGAAGAUGAUGAAGAAGAGGAGGACGAAGCUUAUGAUGAGGACGGCAGCAGUGUUUGCAGUGGGCUGUCGGACUGCAGCACACACAGUCUAGAAACUCUCGACCCAGAGGAUGGAGAAGAAGAUGAGGAGGAGGAGGAGGAGGAGGAGGAGGAUGAAGAGGACGACGAAGACGAUGAAGAAGAGGAUGAGGAGGAAGACUGGGACUGUUCAUUGCAUGGACUGAGUCCUCCCUCAUACUCUGUUCCACUCCCCUCUGUUCUGAGUUACACCAAUAGCUCACUUGUGGGCCUCAGUAGCCCCUUCCACAACACUCUCCCCAUCCAGCACUAUCAGAUGGACGGCUCUGAAAACAACACGCCUGCGUUCAUUAGUGAAAACCGGAACGCUGCACCCGUGCUCCCCUCAGUCGAAUCUGCGCUGGAGUCUGAAAUCAGCACCGAACUGCACCGACACACAGAGCAGCAGAGCCACUUCUCUGAGUCCACGACUGCCCAAAAGUGCUCACAUGCAGACACGCGUGACUUCAACACUGCCCCUGCUGGCACUCCUGACCAGAACCCUCACUCGACAGGCCUGCAGAACAAUCCAGACUGUCGUGACUCACGGGCAGGAGGAAAUGAGGAGCCUGCACUGGAGCAAGCAGGGCUGCAUAUCCAUGGAGACAUCAGUCAAACAGCAUCAUCAGAGAAUGCCUGAUGAGUAAGGAUAUGGAGAUGAGUUGUUGCUGUUAGGACAUCUUUAGACAUGAAAUUUUAAAGUGAGCUGAUAAUAUGUUCCCCCUUACAGAUUUCCUCCAUGUUUACUUUUUUGUCAAACAUACAUGCUUUAAGAUCAAAGUAGUAUCAGUUAUAACCUGAGUAAAUACAAAAUGGAGGGUUUAAAUGAUGAUUUCAUUUAUUAAGGAAAGCUAUCCUAUGAGUUCUGUUUGACUACCAGGACCUAAAAUUACUCCAAGGCUUUAACAACUCAUUCAGGUCAUAGAUGAACUCAGAAGAUCUAAACAGUGCAGAAUGGGUGGGCAAUAUGGAAAUAUUCUAACAAUCGUUUGUGGUAUUUUUUGCAAUAAUGAGAAAAGUGACGAUAAAAAAUAUUGAAAAAUUAAUUGAAGUCUUUGUUGUAAAUGGAUUGUAUGGCUAUUGACUGUAUGUCACCGCAUACAGUCAAAAAAACUCAAACUGACCCAUAAUGAAAUCUGCUGCAUUCUGUAUUUACUCAGCUAACCUUUGUCUGAUGUUAAUCUCUGUUGGAUGAUCUGGGACAUGCAAGUUUGACAAAAAAACAAAACAAAAAAAAAAACCGGAUGAAACUAGUUUGGUGGUAAACCCUUUUAUCACAGCACUGAAACUAUAAAAGUCUGCUGUAUUGUUGGCAAGUGCACUUUGAGGGACACACUCAUUUUGACCCAGAAUGAAGUUGAUUCAGUCUGGGCAGAAGUGGUCAGCAAACCUAUUUAAGGUUGUGUAUUAUGACAAAAAUGAAAAAUAAAACAAUAACAGUGGUUAGGUCUGUUACUUUGUGUUUGCAACAAAUGGUUUAGACUUUUGGGUCUGUUUUAAAGUAAUUGCUGCAUGUCUUCUGGUUGUGUUGGCAUCUGUGACAAAUCACAAUAGGAUUUUGAGGUGCUUGUUAUGUUUUGGUAUUUUCUGUUGUGCUGCUUUUGCUGCUACUGUCUCUGAAAUGCUUAUCUGUAUCGCAUGUGUUCAGUUUACUGAAGAUGUUUCUUGGUGUGCGCGUUCUGUGCAAUUAAAGAUUUGUUGCAGGUAAAACACAGUUCUACUGUAAAGAGAAACAUCAACCAAUAAUCCUGUCAGUAACUUCACAGUGCUUUGCAAAAGUAUUCACGCAAGUUGAACAUUUUCAUGUUUUGUCACAUUACAGCCACAAACAUCAAUCUUGUCAGUUCUGACCAGCUUCCCUGUAACCGCUACAGAAAAGCGCCCCACAGCAUGAUCCUGCCACCAUCGUGUUUCACAGUGGGGAUGGAGGGUUUAUGGUUAUGUGCAGUGUUCAUUUUCAGACUUUUGUUUGUAAAAAAAAAAAACAUUGAAAACCUCUUCAUUUUGGUCUAUCUCGUAAAGCCCAACUAUCUUACAUCUACAUUUUUGGUGUUAACAUGACAAAAUGUGAAAAAGUUCAAGGGUUAAAAAUACUUCUGGAAGGCAGUAUUUCCUGAACCAAUCAUUAAAGUGUCCUCGUUUUCCAAUGA